GCUGUCUACACCAUGCGAGAGCUGGCGCCCGCGUUCAGGGACAAGGGAGCCCCGACGGCGCGAGCUAUGGCAACAGAGUCGGCGGCGAGUCUCCUGCAGGACCUGACCCGCAUCGUCAGCAGGGACUCGUGCGAGGCAAGUGCCCAGGACGUGAUCCAGAGCAGGUCCAUCAAGGAUGCGAUGAUCCAGAAGUGGGCCUUCGUUCCGCUCCACCAGUGCGCCGUGGAGCUGAAGGCCCCGUGGUCCCACAUCUUCGAGACCAUCCUGGACUGCCUGAUGGAGCCGCGGAAGCUGCCAGAGCACCUGGAAUAUCUCCAGCAUUGGCAGCAGGUCGCGGCUGGCGAGGCAGACGAGGCGAGGCAGUGCGAGAUUAAGGAGUCCACCAAGUCCUGGCGGGCAUGGGUUGAGAGUCGCAGCGAGAAGUCCGCGGGGGCCCUGCAUAAGUGGACCGAGCCGAAGGCCCCGUGGGAGCCCAUGGCACCACCGAAGGCGAGCGAGCCUCCAGAGACGGCCCCCGCGGGCGAGACGGCCAAGCACGUCGCCCUGAUGGGCCCGCAGACGGCCGCCAACAUAGCGCUGCAGGAGAGGGAGAGCACAUGGCAGCACAAGGUCGACUGGGCGGCGCCAUGGUUCGAGCCGCUCGCGGCGAACGAGCCCGCGCUGCCGCCGAUUCUCGGCCACCGCGCGCUGCACUCCUGCAGGGCGUUCUCCCCCAAGACGGGCCUGGGCGAGUCCAACGUCCACCCCGGGCUCUGGGCCCAAGGGCCAGCUGUGGGCCUAGCGGGCCUGGCCAGCACCCUGAACUGCAUCGAGCGUGGCUCUGACUGGCCCGUCGCACAGCAGUGCGUCAUCUUCUGGCUGCAGCCCAAGCCCAAGGGCGGCACGAGAAACUUGGGGCUCCUCCCCGAGCUCGCGCGAGUAUGGGGGAAGAUCAGGCGCCCCGAGAUCCAGAAGUGGCAGAACAAAAAUCCACGUGCCUAUGAGUGGGCCGCGAACGGCAGGUCGGCCGAACGCACGGCCUGGAUGCAGGGAUCCAUGUUCGGCCCGCUGUGUCUGCCCCUCGUUCUCAUCGGCGCCAUCGGCGACCUGUGCGUCGCCAACCCGAGGGCAGACAUGUGCCUCUACUUCGACGACCUUGCGGCGUCGACCCGAGGCGACGCGGCCGCCGUGGCGGCGAUCCACGCCAAGCUGACCGACGAGAUCGCCUUCGUCUUCGAGCAGGUGCUUCAGCUGCAGGUCUCGAGGGGCAAGGACGGCAAGACUGUCGUCGCGGCCUCCCAUGGCAGCGUGGAGCGGCAGCUUGGCAGGCAGAGCAAGCAGAUGGGCAUCCAGGUGGUGCGAGAGGCCGCGCAUUUGGGCGUGACCCAGUCAGCUGCGCGGCGGCGCCGUGUCGGAGCCCAGUCCAAGCGGAUCAUGAAGGCCAAGGUCAGGAGCUGGAAAAUCCAGCGGGUCAAGGCAGCAGGAGGCGCAGCGGAUAAGGUGGUCAAGCUCGGGAUCGUGCCGUCGGAGCUCUACGGCACGCGCGUCCAAGGCGCCCCUGACACGCUGAUCGCCAAGCUGAGGCAGCCGGUGGCGGCGGCCUUCCCAACGCUGCAACAGGGGCAGGACGCCGACCCCGCCGUGCUCGCCAACGCGGGGCCCAUCGUGGCGUGGGCCAGUGCGUGGCAGGAGGCGACGGACGUGGCCACGCGCGACCUCCUGGUGGCGGCCUGGCGCUCGUGGUGCGAGGGCCAGCAGGCGCGUUCAUUGCCACCGUAA